AUAAUUAAUGGGUCUAAAUGGGUCAAUGACCCAUUAAAGACCCAACAACUUAUAACUUGCCCAUUUUGAUCCAAACCCGCCCAUUUGACACCCCUAGGAUCGACUGAACCUCUGGUGGGUGAUCGUCGACUUGGUUAGAGAGAGAGGAGCGAUACUGGUUAGAGAGAGUUCCAGAGAGAGAGGAAAAUCUGAUCGCAGAUGGAGGUUCCAGGGUCGUCGAAGAAGAUGAUCGCGACGCAGGCGGAGAUGGUGGAGGCGAGGGUCCCACUCGCCUACAGAGACCAGUGCGCCCACCUCCUCAUACCCCUCAACAAGUGCCGUCAAUCGGAGUUCUACCUCCCUUGGAAGUGCGAGGGGGAGCGCCACUCCUACGAGAAGUGCGAGUACGAGCUCGUCAUGGAGCGGAUGCUCCAAAUGCAGAAGAUCCGUGAACAAGAGGAGGCCAAGUCGAAGCAGUUACAGAAACAGGGCACCAACGCCAUUCCUCUCAUCCCCAAGACCGCCAAUGCUUGAUUUCCGAUUCUGUUAGACGGUGAUGUUUUUAGUGCUUUAUUAUUGGAUAAUUUGAAUAAUGCGUAUCUAUGUUUCAAAUACAAUCUAGGGUUUCCUGAUUGGGUAUUUACUGUGUUUUGCUUGGGUCAAAUUUCGGAAAUCUCUGGUCACUCUUAUUAAUGUUGUUUCUUAUGCUGUAUCUUUGGGGUUUCAAUAAUGGGUUUGUUUGUUUCAAGCACAAAUUGGGGUUCUUGAUUGGGGAAUGUUGACCUUUGGUCUAUUGUGAAA